AUGUCUCGUCGCGAGCCCCGUCCGCGCGGCGAUCUCAACCACGUUCUACACCGUGCGUAUGACGCACUUCUUCCACACCAACGUGGUGACCCUACUCGCUUAGAGGAAUCUCGUCCGGUCGACACCGAUCGUUCGCCUGGACAGCCUCCUUCAGCCUCCUUCAGCCACCGUCAGGAACUUCUCUUCCCAUGGGUCGUGAACCAAACGCCAACGCCGGCAGCGCCGACCGCUGCGGCAUCUUCCGCUACGCUUCAGACUGGGACUCAAUCUUCGACCCUAGUUCCUGUUGCUUCUCCAGAUCCUGCCGAUCUUUUGGAGGAGCUGACCGUGGAUUCGCUGCGUGAUCUUCUUGCUGAAUCCGCUGACGCAACGCUCAGCAUCACGCCCCCACUUCAGGGUGACGUUCGCACCCAGCGACGUUUGAAUGACGCGCUCGGCUUCGACCAGGUGCUAGCGGCGGUUCAACCUCUCUCCGACACGUUGCCGGAUCUUCCUCACGUAGUCGGUGAGCCCACCGCUCAACUGAAGAUCUCCCGAGAGGAAGCUGCUGCUGCUAAGCGUCUACUGGUUCCUGUCCAGCUUCGAAUUGAAUCUCUGGAGACUCUUCUCAACAAAUCGACGGCUGAGGUGAACGGGCAUCAAGCGGAGAUCAAACGCCUCAAGUCAGCGAACGUUCGCAUUGGCUCUCUGUUCGAAAAGAGUAAGGAGUCGAUGGACGUUCAGACAGAGAACCUUCGGCUGGCCAUGAAUUACGCCGAGCAGAAGCAAGACAUCAUCGACGCCUUGGACAAGCAGAUUGAGAAGGAACGCGAGGUCUUCAGGACGACGGUCUUCGUACCAACCGCGCUCUCCGAGGGUUCGUUAGCUUCGCUGGCAUGGAUCCCAACACUCUUGCCCUCGCCAUCCAAGGUCUUCGAGCUACCGAGGUCGACCUCUCAACACUCGGCCUUGACCAGGACACGUUCCUUGCUCUUCAGCGAUUCCAACAAGAAGCAGACGACCAAGAAGAUCCGUUCGCCCUUGUUGAAGCCCUGGCCAAGACUGCUCAACAAGUUCAAAGUAGUGCCUCCAAGCGUAGUCGUCAUGGAAGUGACGAUGGCAGCCUUGAUGAUUCCUCUGAGGAGAAGACCCCAGUUCCAUCUGGUCGAGGUAGCAGACCAUAGCAGACCAGGAUCGGCAGCUGCUACUGGCGAAGGAUCGGCUGCGGCUGCCUCAAGUCCAACCCCCAGUCGUCGGGGUCUCCACAAGCCAAAAGCUUGGAAGAACAAGCCGAAAUCCAAGCGUCAGAAGGCUGCUUCGCGCUCGCAGGCUUCAGCUCGUUUCCAUUCCAGCCAGAUAUCUCGUUGCUCGACACCUCGGCCGCCUGCGCGUUCGCCUUCAGUAGCCCAUGCGAAAUCGUCCGUAAGUCGCCCGAGGUCUCGUUCGCAUUCUGUGUCGAGUCAUCCGGUUAUAUCGAAGUCUCCAGCCUCUUCAACGUCCGUUCCUGCAACUCCUCCCAAGGCUGAACCGUCGAAGGACGACCAACCUCCGGCGGUCAUGAACUUAACGCAAGAUGGGAGUGACGAGGGCAUGGAUGAAGGAUCAACCGCAGUUCCGACAGUACCCGAGGACCCGGAGGUGACUCACCCAGCAUCACCAACUCCUCAGGCAUCUUUCCAAUGCAACAACGUAGCUUCUCCACCGUCGUUUGCUUCUUCGCCACCGCCUGUUGCCUCCCCACGGGCUCCUACCUCAUGCGAACACCAGAUGCAGUUAUUUUUUUUGGAUCUGACGACGAUGAGGAUGCUCCAAGCAGUUCAAAGGCAUCCUGUGAACCCGCGGGGCUGA